AGAUGCAUACGCAACAAUAAAAUCACUGGAAGAUGCAUUAGCAAAUGCAGAGAAUGACAUUGCGGUGCUUGUCAAUGAAAAGAGAAAUACUGAACAGGAAAUAGCAACACUUAAUGCAAAGUUAAGUUCCUCAGUGGAAGAAUUGGCUGGAACUCGUGGAGUCUCAAAAGGGCAGUCUUUGGAGCUACUAGAGCACCCCAAUCAUCUGGAAAUGUUAAUGAAAGAUAGCGGGCUUCUCUUUUUUAUUAACACGAGGCUUUAAGAAAAAACUUGAGAGCCUAAGAGAUAUGCACCUCCUUCUAGAAGGAAUACGGGAUCGGUUCGUUGACGAAGGCUCGGGACUAUUGCCUGCUCGAGCUGGCACAGAGGGUUUUCUGGUUCUAUGGAUGAGUAUGUUGCAGUCCUCACCGAAGCAUUGCAGCAAACAAUAGAUGGAGUUGUUGUAACGCUUGAGACUAUGGAAUCUUUGAAGCAGCAGGUGAAAAACGUAGAAAUUCACAACCGUGAGCAAGAGAGCAUGAUACAUAAGUUGCAGAAUGAUGUGACUAUGAUGCUUUCUGCAUGCAAGGGCAUUGUUGAUGAGCUGAGUUUUGAAGAUGAAAAUUUGAACUCUAGCUUGUUCUCAAGUGAAAGAAAAGCUAGUGGUGAUGCAGUGGAAGAGCAACGGGGCUUAAUUGGCACUGAAGGUGUUAAAGCGGUAGAGAACGUUCUAAGUGCUGUUAAAAAAUUUCAAAGUCAAAAUAAACAGUUGGAGAGCUUAAAUAGUGCAUGUGAGGUGACCAUUAAAGAUUUACGAAAUGAAUUGGAAGGGACCAAAUUAAACCUUGAAAGUGUCACGCAAGAAAGGGAUCUUCAUCAAAGCAGAGCCUCUGAGUUGGAGACUACUUUAGAAGAAUUAAAGAGUUCCUGCAACUCGAUGAAUCUUAAACUGGAUAAAUGUCUUGCCAUGGAAGAUGUAUUGAGGGAAAAAGAAGCAGAACUAUCGUCCUUGCAUGUUUCUUUUGCAAUUAAAAGUCAAGAAGAAGAAGGCCGCCUUCUUUCAGAAGGCCAAAUUCAAACCCUUCUAGAGAAGAUAAAUGAAAUUGAGAUCCCUUUUAGGGUAUCAGAACUGAAGAACACGGAAUCUUUUGUGGCAGAUCCUGUUAAGAAGCUCUUUUACGUUGUAGAUACAGUUGCACAGAUGCAGCAUCAGUUUGAAUUAUUUGCUCAUGACAAGGAAGAACUGCAAUCUAGACUUUCAGAAAGUGUUCAGGAAAUUGAGCAUCUGAAAAAGGAAGCUGGAAAUAUUAUUAGCAUUAACCAAGAGCUAGAACAUUCAAAGAGUGACUUAGCUAAGUUAGCAUUUGAUUUGGAGAAAAUAAUUCAGAAAUUUGGAGGGGAAGAGUUAAUUAAAGAACAAAAAUCUGUUACCAUAAGAAAUUUAUUUCCGGUUUUAGAAAAGCUGAUCAAAGAUCUAAUUCUAGAAUCUGAAAAUUCAAAGGCUAGAGCCCAGGAACUGGGUGUCGAAUUGCAUGGGAACAAAAAGUUUAUAGAUGAGCCGUCAGCGAAGGUUGCAUUACUUGAAAUUCCAGUUCGUAAGGGUCUGCCUCCAUCAGAUGCUGUCCAGGAUAGGAGCAUACUUGAAGGGCCUUCAUUGGCAUCUGGUUCAGAGAUAUCUGAAAUUGAAACCGUUGGUCCAGCUGGAAGGAACUCCACAUCCCCCGCUGCUUCUUCUGCGGCUCAUGUGAGUUCCAUGAGGAAGGGAUAAAGUGACCAUCUUGCUCUAACUAUUGAUUCCGAAUCCGAUCGGCUACUCAACCCCCCUGAAACUGAUGAUGAUAAAGGUCAUGUGUUCAAAUCGCUAAAUACAUAUGGUCUCGUCCCCAAACAAGGAAAACUUUUAGCUGAUCGGAUCGACGGGAUCUGGGUAUCUGGAGGUCGAAUUUUGAUGAGUCGUCCCAGAACAAGAAUAGGUGUCGUAGCUUACUGUCUGUUGUUGCAUAUUUGGUUGUUAGCCAGCAUUUUGUGAUAGAAUCAUUCCACAUGAAACGCUUCCAUCAACUGUUUACAUUACUGCAAGUUGUACUUGUAUUAUAGAUGUAAGUUGGCUCCAUCUUGUUUUUAUUUCUAUUUUCUUUUUCUUUAUGAAUCUCCAGAACAACAUUUUAGAGUUCUGGAAUCCGAGCUUACAUACAAGUAGAAAUUGUCUUAAAUUGUUCCACAUUUGAUCAUUGAAUUAUAAUCCAAAGGAAAUUUAUAUUGAAUGAGCCCUUGUAUCA